AGUGACAGGUGACAGAUUGAAUUGUUUAUUUAUUCUGGUCGGUUUGUUUAAAUUUAUUCCGUAUUAUAGUUAUUUUUGCGAACGAGAAAGCAGCUAUUUUGUAUAAUCUAGAUUAUUCGCUUUAUUAUGUUCAGUGAAUUGGAAUCGAGAACUUCGUCUCCGUUAAUUUCCGACUCGUUUGUAAAUAAUGCCAUCGACAACAGGUCUUGUUCGAAACCCACCACAAAGUUGUGGUUCAAAGGGGUGAGAAGCUCGAAGUUCCGUCACGUGUACGGGGAACCGGCGAAACGGGAGAAAUGCUACGAUAACAUCCAGAUAACCAGGAACGCUCACGAUUCCCAAUUUUGCGCCGUCAAUCCCAAAUUUCUGGCCGUCGUGACGGAGGUGGCCGGCGGCGGCGCCUUCACCGUCGUGCCCAUAAAUUGCACGGGUAGAUUGGACUUCAACGCCAGCAAAGUAACAGGCCACACCGGUCCGGUUUUAGAUAUAAAAUGGAACCCUUUCAAUGACAACGUGAUCGCUUCCUGUUCGGACGAUUGCACGAUAAAAUUAUGGCACAUUCCCGACGGCGGUUUAUCCAUGCACCUUACUGAUUGGCUAGUGGAAUUGCAGGGGCACAAAAGACGCGUCGGAUACAUCGAAUGGCAUCCGACGGCCGAGAAUAUUCUAUUUAGCGCCGGUUUCGAUCACUUGGUGAUAGUUUGGGACGUGGAACGAGGAGAAGCCGUCAACGUGAUAGAUUGCCAUCGGGACGUCAUACAUUCCAUGUCAUUGAACAGGGACGGCAGUUUAUUGGCGACCACUUGCAAGGACAAGAAGCUGAGGAUCAUCGAACCGAGAACCGGCAGAGUUCGAUCGGAAGGAACAUGCCACGCGGGGGCGAAAGCCAGCAAAGUAGUCUACUUGGGCGCGACCGGUCGCCUAUUGACCACCGGCUUCUCGCGUCACUCCGACCGACAGUACUCCAUCUGGGACGAAUCGGACCUGUCCCGAUCCCUCUACACGGACAGCAUCGACAGCUCCUCCGGCGUGGUGUUCCCGUUCUUCGAUCCCGACACCAACGUGGCCUUUUUGGCCGGUAAAGGCGACGGCAACAUACGCUACUACGAAAUCACCGACGAGAGUCCCUACGUGCAUUUCCUCAACCAGUUCUUGUCCGGUAACCCGCAGCGCGGUUUGGGGGUGAUGCCGAAGCGCGGUCUGAGUACCACCCAGUGCGAGGUGUUCCGUUUCUACAAGCUGCACGCUACGAAAGGAAUGUGCGAGCCCAUAGCGAUGAUCGUGCCGCGGAAGAGCGAUCAAUUCCACGAGGAUUUGUACCCGAACACGGCGGGCUCUAAACCAGCUCUCACCGCUUCGGAAUGGACAGCCGGAAAGAACGCCAUGCCUUUGCUCAUAUCCAUGAAAACCGGCGAACUGAACGACUUGGACAUAACGUCGAUAAAGCAGAAACAACGGUCGCAAUUGAGCGCGGUCGAGCCGCUGAAAAUCGACAACAAUCGCAGGAAAUUCGCGUUUCUGGCGCGCGAAACGGUGCCCGACUACAGGCCGAAGGAUCACGCCGUUACAGAGAAGAGCCGGAAGACGUCGAACAACGAGACGUUUCAGAAGUUGCAGCAGAAAUUCAGCCAAAUCGAGCUGAAUAACCGGCAGGAAGCGCGGGCGAUUAAGGACAACGAUAUCGCCCUGAACGAGAAUGAUCUGAGAAGGGCGUAUCAGCUGCAAAGCGACGAAGUGAGGAGGCUGAAGAAGCAACUGAUAAACAGCGAGCAAAGGGUGAAGGAGCUCGAAGAACAAAUUAGGAGAUUACUGAUUAAGAAGUAAUUUUAUUUUUUUUAUUGUCCUAUUUUUAUCUAGGAUUUAUGCCGUUUUUUUGUUGUGUAAUUUUAUACAUGUGUUUUUAUAUAGUUAUUUUAAUUGCCAAGUUACCGCGAGUAUCAUGUCCGUUGUAAUUUUAAGUUUAUGUGAUUGUGUUAACUGAAAUGAGCGAAAUUAUCCUUGGAAAGGUUACAGUAUACUGUUUAUGUUUUUGUUCAAAUUCUUAACGUAAAUUAGCGAUGUUUCGCAAAUUUUUCACCGUUGCUGUUGCCUCUAAUAAUCGCUAGAUUUAGCGAAAGAUUUUUCCAAUUGCAACUUUUUAAAGCUUUUUGCUUAGAGAAAGUCCUUUUAGCUUUCAGUGAAAUUCAGUGAAUAUGCUUGUUAAUAAAAGAGCAUCUAUCGAAGUUUUCUAAUGAGCACGUUUAAAAUCGAAAAAAAAAAUAAUUGAAACAAAAAAUUCCGAUGAAUUCCGAUAAUUAUGUAGCACAAAGCAGUAUUAUUACUUAGUUUUAAAGUUCUUUUAUGAAAUUGUAAUAGUAUCGAUAAAUAUUACUUUUUAAUUUUUUAUACAUAUUUAUGUCACAAUUAUUAGUAACAUUUUGUUGUACGAGUACUUGUGAAGAUUUAUAUCGUAUUUUUACAUUGUAAAAUUUAUACCAUAACAAAUUGAUUUUUCGAUGAAAAUAAAGCCCGCAAAUAGACAAGAUUUUUUUUAUAAUUUUACCAAAUACUGAUUACAAAAUAUAUUUAAUUAUCGUAUAAAAUUCGUAAAAAAUUGUAAAACCAUCGCUCUUAUUUACAAACUUACUGUUGGACCCACAUUAAAUGUACUUACGAAGUACUUACGAAAAAUUACGUCAAAUUCAUCGCAAUAACACCGCCAAUAAGUGCCAAUAAAACUAGGGAGAAAGGCUUCGAGUGAUACGCCGAAUUACACCCGUCUCCUGUGCAAGUGUGCAAACACGUCCUGUAAAAUAAUUGAUCUCCGGGCUGCUUCACAUAGUGACAAUAAUUUCCCAAGUCCAGUGAAGAGCAGAACCUCUUCGCACCGAUACCUCCUAAAAUGACAAUAAAAUUAUUUAUAAAAUGUUUAAUAUUAAACAGGAAUUUGUGUUGUUAGUAAACUAUUUCUAUAAAAUAUUAGUUAUUAUUACUGAUGUAAGAUUUUUACAUUUUAACACCGACCUUACCCUGCAAAUUCUAAUUACAAUUUUCUAUAUACUGCAACUUAAAAACAAAUACAAAUAAAUUCGUGCGAAGAAUUAAUAAGCAAACGAAAAGUGUUUAGAGUAACCAACGAAUUUUCUGUGCUAUUAGCACAUACAAAUUCUGAAUAUAAUAAACUCAAGUGCUCUGUGCCAGUAUGGGCUUAUUCGAGAUCGUACCAUCCAAACCCGUAGAUUUAAUGCAGUACCGAGCUUCGAAAACAUGCUCGCAACUUUGGGGCUGCAAGCCACCCAUUUGGAUCAGACCGUCGGAACAGUCCAUGGUCUUAGCCGACGAGCACUGGUAGCAUUUUAUACCGAUAGCUUCAGUAAGAAAGAAACAAACACCGUUAAUUUUAGUGGAAAACAUUAGUAAGUUUAGCAAAGAAACCGGGGCCAUAUUUUAGUUAGUCUUUAGUAUGAAGGUUAGUUAAAUUCCCCCGUACAAGUACCUUCGAAUCGACCAACGUGUUUA